AUGCCAAGCUGUGGAAUUAAAGAAUGCAAAGUGGAGCACUGGAGUCACUACUGCAACGUUUGUGAUAAGGGUAAUUCAGAUCAUUUACCAAAAGAUUGCCCUCAAGGAAUUUCAAUUUAUCAUGGCACAAAAGUUUCAAAUAUUUCAUCGAUAAUAGAUAAUGGUUUAAGACCAUCAACUCAUGGCAGAAUUGGAUCCGGGAUAUAUUUUGCUGGAGGAGAUGUUGUAUUGGAUAUUACUAAACAUCGUGGUGAUGGGAAUGGACUAGUUGUCUUUAAAUGCAGAGUUAAUCCGAAUUACUGUCGUACUGGUGUACAUCCAACAUGGACAGGGGUGACAAAAGCACCUUUCAAUGAAUGGUGCCUCACAGAUUCUACAAAGUAUGCGUUAAUUGGAGUUCUUCUAGUCGAUGGUAUCGUUGAUGGUGACAUUAAUAUUCCCCAUGGAACAAUUAUGGUUACUGGUCAUUGCAAAUUCAGAGGCAAUAUCACUGUUGGUACUUUACAAGUAGGAGGAACUGAAUUUUGA